AUGGCAGCCGUCUACUCCAAUGUGGCACCAGCCAAUAUAACUCAAGCUCUCUUUCCUCAGCUGAUGGCUUCAGCAUCUGGUUCCUCGUCAUCGGCCUCAUCCUCCGCCAUCCGUCUUGACUCGCGUUCCCCUUCAACUCCCCUCGGUCCAGCAAUUCGAUACUCUCCUUCGCAACGGGGCGUCGUAACCCUCACUCUCUCCUCACCGCACUCUACUCAUGCGACAAGCACAAUCGUCCAAGCAGCGAUACAUGCGGAGCUGGUUGAGCCGCGCGACGAGCGACCCUACGAGGGUCAGGUGUCGGUGCAGGUCAAUCCGCAGAUGGCACUCAGCAUGUCCAGCGCAGCGAGGACGUCAAACCAGGCUGAUGCUCUCAUUGCCGAUCUGGAGCGUCGGUGCGACUUGGCCCUCAGGAGGAGCGGCCUCAUCGACAGGGAGGCACUUUGUCUCAAGGCAGGUCAACUAGUCUGGGAUGUCUCUAUCGUCUUGCACUUGCAGUCCCUCCAAGCAGGCAAUGCCCUCUCCGCAAGUGUCAUGGCUGCGGCGCUCGCUCUCGUCGACUACAGACGCAACGAUGCUGCGGUGGAAGCUGGUGGGCGCAUCGUUGUGUACCACGAAGACGAGCGAGUCAUGGUACCACUGCCUAUCAUGGGAAGCUUGGUCGCGAUCGAGGUAGCCGUUUUCUUGCCUCCGGCACAGGCAGCCAGUGCGGCGGCUACUGCUGCUGCCGCCGCUGCCAAGAAGAAGCAGAACAGGGCGGACGGGAUGGAUGAGGAUGAUGAAGAGGAGGGCGAAGCGAUGGUUGCACACUCAAGCAGUGCUGGCGAGCCGAUCCUCCUGGUAGACCCCACCCCGCUUGAGGUGCAGCUUUCCUCAGCGCUACUCGUCUUCGUCCUCACGCCGAAUACGGGUCAAUUCCUCGUUUCAGAGAAGAUUGGUAGGACUCCCGUGGACGUCAACGUGAUGAUCAAGGCGAUGCAGCUUGCCGAGAAUCGGGCGAGAGCUAUGGGAGAGUGGCAGGAGGAGCAGAAGACACAGAGGGAAAGGCGGGUGGGCAAGGACGUCGUCUAG